GCAUACAAUUGGCCUUAGAAUAUGCUUCUCUACCUUCUACUCCUAUGAAGGUAGAAUCUUCUUUACAGUCUACAGUAGUUGGGCACCUGAUCCAAUACUCACAUAUAUUCCAGAACUUAUGGAAUUUUUUUCAUUUUUUUUUAUUUUUCUUAUAUUUAUUUCACAAUCCCAUUUUCUUUUUUCCAUUAGAGUUCCUGACAAAUGACAAUAAUUCAUUUGCUAUACUAUAAAGUAUAAAGUCUAUUUUUUUGGCUGGAUGAAAUAAUAAGUAUAUUGCCCCCCACUCCACUUCCUUAAUAAUUCUCACUUUUCCAACCUUUUCCACCCCAGUCCCAAUUAUGGAAAAAAAAAAGAACAUCUUAUCAAAUUCAAACCUUUUUCUAAAAUCUAAAGAGGGAUUUUUUCAAGUAUAAAUUUUUUAAGGAUUUUGUACUUAGGUUGAAACAUAAAGAGCAUAAGCAAAAAGGUGUUUUCUUUUCUUUCUUUUUUUUGAGAUUAAAUUGCAUGGAUGCCAUUAAAAGGCAAGCUAGCAAGCUCAGAGAGCAAGUAGCUAAGCAACAGCAGGCUCUUCUUAGGCAGCUAGGGCAUUUUGGUUCCGAAGCUUAUGUGGUAGAUGAAACAGAGCUUGCUUGCCAUGACCAACUUCGAAAGUUGUACACAUCUACAAGAGCAGCCAAGCAUUUUGAGAAGGAUAUAGCUCAUAGCAUAGAAGGAAUGAUGUCAUUAACUUCUAAGCAAAUUGAAAUCGAGAGAAGAUUUGCUCAAGACUGUAGUAGAUACGAGGUUGAAAAUCAGGGUAGUCCUUCGCCUUUGGCUGAGGCCGCCUCUCGUGUUUGUACCUCUCGCAAUUCAAUGAUUGAUGAGAAGAGGACCUUGCUCGGAGUUUUUGGUGAAAAGGUCUACAAACCAUUACGAGCACUGGUAAAAAGCGCUGAGCUUGAGGACGCACGACUUUUGGUUCGUCGAUAUGAUAAGUUAUGGCAGGAAGUGGAAACUCAGGCAGCUGACGUAUUAAGGCUGAGAACGAAGUCUACCGAGGGAGCAAAAUCCGAGGAAAAUUUCAGCAAGGUUCAGCUUGCAGAGGGUAGAUUGGAUGACCUUAAGUCUAGAUUGAAGGCACUUGGGAAAGAAGCAACAUCUGCAAUGCUGUCAGUCGAGGCGCAUCAGCAAAAGAUGACUUUCCAACACCUUGUUAUUAUGCUGAACGCGGAAAGAUCUUAUCAUCGUAAUGUUGCUGCCAUAUUAGAGAAGUUACUUGCUGAGAUGAUUCAAUUGGAACAAUUGAGCGCGUCAUCAACAUCAAUAGAUGCUACACAAAACCAUCCACAUGGUCAAAAAAACGAACAAAAUCCCAAAUCAAAUGGAAACAAGGAACAUUACGGGGAACAGGACGACAUCGCAUGCUAUGUAGCAAAAGUUGUACACCCAUUUGAUGCCGAGGCUGAAGAAGAGCUAAGUCUAUUAGUCGGUGAUAUUGUCGUGGUACAACAGGUGAUUCCUGGUGGCUGGUCGAAAGGCGAAUCCAAUGGUAAGACAGGAUGGUUUCCUUCCCCUUAUGUACAAAGGUUGGAUGAAAUUUCAGAAGGCAAUGUGUCAUGGGCAAAUCUGUAGUCUAGUAGUAAAAGUUUACUUAAUUUUGGUUGUAAAAAUAAGUUGUAACUUGUAUAGCUUAUAGAAUUUUAUUUAAUUUAAUGUCUAUUGUUAUAAGUUUUAAAAAGAUCACAGAUUCACAGUACAUAUAUUGUACAAAAGCUUGGGUUUUGAGCUCCUCUGCUCUUUAUAUGUUGUAUAGAAACAAGUUGAUAGUAUAGAGAAGUAUCAACAAUCUAUCAUCAACGUUCUCAAAAUAUGAAUUUUUUUUCUCAAAAUAAUGCCCCAUAAAUCUAAAUAUUUAAAAAAAAAUCGGGAAAAAUUUCUAUUUGCCCGAAUGCUCUCCAUACUUGAUCGGUAUUUGGUUUGUACUUUGUAUUAAUUUUCACAUUGCAUCACAACUAACGACUUACGAGGAUCUCAACUUUUUUUU